AACAACAAAUCCGUCGUGUACUUAAUGAAUUUCAGCCGAGUGGUGAUGUGUAAUAAACCAAAGUUUUGCUGAUAUUUCAAAUAAAAACAGAGCUAUUUACUCAACAAACAACACAGCAAGUGACAGGGCCCAACAUCAACGAGAUGAACUAUAAUCCAAAUGCGGGUAUACGGAAUCGUAAGUGGGAAAAUUCACAAGGCGGCGGACGUGCACGCCCCAUUAAACGGGUGAGCGAUUUGAAUGCUAUGGGUCCAACGGCACCGAUGCCAAGUGGCUCUGCUUUUAUGACACCAACGGCUGCACCCACCAUGUUCGAUCCCAAUAUGUACGGCGGACCGGCCCCACAGCAGGUCAACAGUUAUGGCUACAAUGCAGCACCAGCACCAGCGGCACCAGUUCAGCCACAGCAACAGCAGAACUAUGGCUACCCACCACAACAACAACAGCAAAUGCAAUCGCAGGCUAAUGCACCAGCUGGACCGGUCUCAUAUGGCCUGGGCGCGCCACAGCCGCCGCCAUAUGGUGUUGCUCCCGGCGCGGCGCCAGUCGGCCAGUAUCCACAGCUUGCCAUGUUCCAACAGCCCAUUGUGCAGGACAUGGCCAUGCAGUAUGGCCAGCGUCUGGCCGACCAAGGCAAGCAGCUUGUAGAGAAUCAGUUCGAGAAGUGGGUGCCUGUGGCCAAGCUUAAGUACUAUUUUGCCGUAGAUAAUGCCUACGUCGGACGCAAGCUACGUUUGCUCUUCUUUCCUUAUAUACACAAGGACUGGUCCCUGAAAUACGAUCAGGAGCAUCCCGUGCAGCCGCGCUAUGAUAUAAAUGCACCAGAUCUCUAUCUGCCAACUAUGGGCUAUAUAACGUAUGUGAUUGUUGCCGGCCUGCUGUUGGGCAUGCAGAACCGCUUUUCGCCCGAACAGCUGGGCAUACAGGCAUCCAGUGCGCUGGCAUAUAGCAUUUUCGAGCUGGUCAUCUACUCCAUUUCUCUGUAUGUAAUGAAUGUUAAGACGAGUCUUAAGACUUUGGACUUGCUGGCAUUUACGGGCUAUAAAUAUGUGAAUAUCGUCGUCUGCCUGCUGAUGAGCGCGAUGUUCUUUCGCUCUGGCUACUAUAUAGCACUGGCGUAUACCAGCUUCUCCUUUGGCUUCUUUCUGUUGCGCACGCUGCGAACGAAAUUGUUGCAGGAUAAUACACCGCCUGCGCCCAGCGGUGCCAUUAACUAUGAUCCCUAUGGCAAUCCACAGCAGUUUGAUUAUAGCGGCGGUCGCAAGCGGAAGCUCUACUUCCUGUUCAUUGUGGUUGCCGGCCAGAUGUUGUUCGCGUUUCUGCUCUCUAAGCAUUUGUAUUUGCCCGGUGUGGAUCCGUUGGCCACGCUAAAGGCGCUAUAAAAAUCCAUAGUAUAAUUUUUGAAACUCAUUUAACUAACUGGGGCAAUGAAAGAAAGACACACACCGCUGCAUGGAUGUGUGUAAGUGUGAGUGUAUCUCUGUGUGUGUGUGUGUGUGUGUGUGUGCAAAGUACACUAACCCUCAAAAUCGAUGUGUUAAAUUUUUUUAAAAUACCAAUGCAAAAUCAUUUCCAAAAUGUUAAAUCGUCUUAGUAGUUUAUGUGGUUGGAGAGACUUAAAGUUCGCGAAAUAUCCAAUUGAGA